ACAGAACAGGUAGUGUUACGAACUUUGAUUACGACUCUUCGUUUUAAAGCUCUGAACCUCCGAUGUUAUGACGACGAUGUCAACAUCAACAGUUCUGCACGUGGGAUUGUUUUGGUGGAAACGUUAUGUUUGUGUUGGCGCUUCUGGUGUGUGUACUGCGUGAAAUAAGCUGAACUGAUAAAAAAGAAUUAGUAGUAAAUUUCUGGAAAUACUGACAGACUCAACAUGGCGACCUUUCUGAGCUUUUCGGAAAUUGUGGAGGAGCCACGAAUUAAUGAAGAUGAAGAAGCCGAAAUAUCUUCACUUGAUGAAGACCACGAGAUGGCUGAAAAUACUAAUGACAGUGACUGUGGAACAGACACAAGCAAGAGUGCAACCGAGGGGACAGGUGUCAUUGGUGGGAACCCUGGCUGGGCUGAUGCAAUGGCCAAGAUCCUGAAGACAAACAAGCCAAAAAAUAAGAAAACCAUUGUGUUAGCUAAAGCAAAGAAGCUGCAACAAGUUGCAAAAAAGGGAAAACCUUCAGUAGAAACUGAUACUGCUGAGAAAGAAGAAAAAGAUACCACUGUAAAAUUUGAGAAAAAUGCUAUGAAGGAUUCCAGAAAGUUAAAGAAGAAACUGUGGGAGAACAAAGGCAGGGUACAGCCACAUAUUUUGGACAAGAACAGAGAAAAGGCAUUAGCCAAGAUAGCAACAAAAGGGGUGGUGCAGUUGUUUAAUGCAGUGCGGCAACAUCAGAAAAAACUGGAUGAGCAGUUUAGAGAAGUCAAGCAUUCUGAAGUUAAAAAAGAUAAAAUUAUGAAGUCUGUUGAUAAAAAGGCCUUCUUAGAUGUGCUAAUGGGGAAAGGCAGUUCAGCCAAAUUCGAAGCUGAUAUGAAGGAGGAAGAGGAUGAGAAAAAGGAGGAUUCUGUAAACCAAACAUGGAAAGUAUUACAGGAUGAUUUUAUGACUGGUGUCAAACUGAAAGACUGGGAUAAAAAUGAACUUGACCUCGAAGAUGACAUAACGCAUAAAUAAGUAGCUGAGUUGGUAAGCGUUUGCCAAGCUACACAAAAAGAUUUUCAUAAAUUUUGUAAUAUAAUACUUUGUAACUAAAGGUAUGUAAAUAAACUACUAGUAAUUUUUUA